AUGGUGAAUGAGUGUCCUUAUAUACCUAGUCCUCCACUACGUGAGGUUCGCCGACUUAGUAAUGAUAGUAUUCUACAGGCUAAGGGCGCAAAUCGUUCAAUUGCCACCAGAAAGCGAAAGGAUCUUGAAAAAGCCGAGAAAAAACGUCAGCGAGAACGUGCUAUCUUAGGUGAUAUUACACCAUCCAGACAGCCCCGGGCAACUCCUCGACUAUCAGAUAUUGAAUAUCUAUUGGGUACGACAUUUGAGCAAGAGAAUGGGUUGGAAUAA